GGUGUGGCAACCCGGAACCGGAAAGGGUGAGGAGGAGGAGGAGGAGUAGGUGGAGCUGAAGCAACCGAGAAAGGGUGCCUGGAAAAAGAGUAACAGGGAGCCGGCACUGGUGGGGGCAGGAGUGCAGGCCGUAACACGUCAUUACAGCACCGGGUCUGACUGAUUGCAGGAAGCAUGUCUGAUAACGGGGAGCUUGAGGAUAAACCACCAGCUCCUCCAGUACGUAUGAGCAGCACAAUCUUCAGCUCGGGGACUAAAGACCCUCUGUCUAGCAAUCACAGUUUGAAACCUCUUCCUCUGAUACCUGAAGAACGGAAACCCCGCAAUAAAAUCAUAUCCAUGUUUUCUGGCACAGAGAAAGCAAGCAAGAAAAAAGAGAAGGAGCGUCCAGAGAUUUCCCCGCCGUCAGACUUUGAACAUACCAUCCAUGUGGGCUUCGAUGCGGUUACCGGCGAAUUUACUGGCAUGCCUGAACAGUGGGCACGUUUGCUGCAGACCUCAAACAUCACUAAGCUGGAACAGAAGAAAAAUCCGCAGGCUGUACUGGAUGUACUCAAAUUCUAUGAUUCAAAGGAUACGGCCAAGCAAAAAUACCUGAGUUUCUCUGCCCCAGAUAAAGAUGGAAUACCUGCUGGGGUGUCACCUGCUCCAAAUGCAAAAGGCUCGGAAACAACAGCAGCAGCAACAGAUGAUGACGACGAUGAGGCUCCACCCCCUAUUAUUGCACCACGACCUGAACACACAAAAUCGAUGUAUACCCGUUCUGUGAUUGACCCGAUACCUCCUCCUGCUGGUGAUACGGACAGCGCAGCAAAGAGUGCAGACAGACAGAAGAAGAAAACAAAGAUGAGUGAUGAAGAGAUCAUGGAGAGACUCCGAACCAUUGUGAGUAUAGGUGACCCAAAGAAGAAAUACACAAGAUAUGAAAAGAUUGGACAGGGCGCUUCUGGUACUGUAUUCACUGCAAUUGAUGUAGCAACUGGUCAAGAGGUGGCCAUUAAGCAAAUAAAUCUCCAGAAGCAGCCCAAGAAAGAGCUUAUCAUCAACGAGAUCCUAGUGAUGAAGGAACUGAAGAACCCCAAUAUUGUUAACUUCUUAGACAGUUUCUUAGUGGGCGAUGAGCUGUUUGUUGUCAUGGAAUAUCUCGCAGGUGGUUCUCUCACAGAUGUGGUAACCGAAACUUGUAUGGAUGAAGCACAAAUAGCAGCUGUGUGUAGAGAGUGCUUACAAGCCCUGGAGUUCCUUCAUGCUAACCAAGUCAUCCACAGAGAUAUCAAGAGUGACAAUGUCCUUUUGGGAAUGGAUGGUUCUGUCAAACUGACUGACUUUGGCUUCUGUGCUCAGAUCACCCCAGAGCAGAGCAAGCGUAGUACGAUGGUAGGGACACCAUACUGGAUGGCUCCAGAGGUAGUAACCAGGAAAGCAUAUGGUCCUAAAGUAGAUAUAUGGUCUCUUGGUAUCAUGGCCAUCGAGAUGGUGGAAGGAGAGCCACCUUACCUCAAUGAAAAUCCACUCAGGGCAUUGUAUUUGAUUGCUACUAACGGCACCCCAGAACUCCAGAAUCCAGAAAAGCUGUCACCAAUAUUUCGGGAUUUCCUGAACCGCUCUCUGGAAAUGGAUGUAGAAAAGAGAGGAUCCGCUAGAGAACUUCUUCAGCACCCGUUCUUAAAACUCGCAAAACCACUCUCCAGCCUGACGCCUCUAAUCCUGGCAGCAAAAGAAGCAAUGAAAGGCAACCGCUAACAGUCUGCCUACUAGUCCUCUCACCCAUUGCCUUCCUGCCACUCGCUCUACUUCCCUUUUAACCACCUCCAUAUUCUAAAGUGCCACUCCUACCCAGGUCGUGGGCAACUGAGACAAGGGUAGGAAAAACCGCAUCCUGUGAAGAAACAGAUGAAAAUGUUGUGUUCUCUCAUCGCUGUGAGGAUAAAAUUCCUAGACAUUAAAUGAAAAUGGAAGCUGCACCCCCAAGCUGUGCAUUUUCCCUCCUGGAGGAAGAAAAAUUGUGGCCUUUUUUCAAUAUCCCUAAGAUUUUAGGGACAUGGCUGCCUUAUGGAAAUUACUUUGUCUUCUCUUUACCCUUUCAGGGCAUCGCUCUUGUUUUCUGGCCUUCUCUUGAUACUUGAAUAACUUUCAUGCCAGUGGGGAAGCCUUAAUGUUAUUUCUCUGCUCUGGCUCUUUGUAUUCUCCUUGUUUUUGGUGUGCCUCAGUCUAAUAGAUCUUAAAUACAGGGAAGAAGUCUUCUUUUUAUAUAUAUAUAUUUAGGUCACCUUUUGUACUCUUAAUGCAGAAUCAAGAAGUCUACUUCUGCCUUUCUGAUCAACUGGUUUAAUUUAAAAGAAUGGUUACUCUGCUAAAGUUUCAUUGAAAGAUAUAUGUUGACCAAAGUCACAUGUCUCCACACAAUCUAAAUGGUUUCUCUCCCUUCUCUAUUACUUAUGUUCUACUUUAAGUUCAUUAAAA